AUGGAUCGCGACCAGUUCUUAGCGAGCCUCGAAAAGUACCACCUGGAGCGGGGGCACCCGUACGUGCCCGGGCGGCUCUUGGGGCAGAAGGUCGACUUGUAUGAAAUGUUCAUGACGGCGAUGAAACAGGGAGGCUUCCCGAGAAUCAACAAAAACAACAAAUGGGGAUAUCUCGCGAAGCAUCUUCGUCUCGUCCCAAAGGACAAACCGCCAUCCGCCCAGGAUCUCGAGCAGGUCAAACGCUAUUAUGUGAAAUGGAUUCGCCACUUCGAGGGCGAGCGCGUGCCCCAGCACAUCAAGAAGGAUUUGAUUCCUCCAGGAAUGGAAUUACCUUGCAAGCGAAGCAGCGCUUCUUCCUCGCAUACCGCAGGUCUCCCUUCUGGAGCCCGGCCUGCCGGCGGGGCUGCUCUUGGCGCUUCAGCAGCGGCGGGAUUUCCCCAAAAUGCGAAUCUUUUCUUCGACCCCCAAAACCCUCUUGCUGCGUUUUCCUCCGCCUCUCUGCCUUCUCAGAACUUCCUAUUUUCGCCGCUCGGCUUGGGUCCCAACGGGGGUCUGGCCGCGAGUCCCUACUUUGGGCUCGCGGGCGCGGGUGUUCCCGGCGCGGCUUCGGGCGCGGAGACACCGCUUCUGGGGCUCCAACAGCAGGGUCUGGCCCUCCCGGGGGCCUCGUUCCUAGGCGCCUCGCCGGCCUACGACGAACAACUCCUCGCCUUGGGAGCAGCGGGGCCGAGAACACGAAACGAAAGGAGACUCGCGCAGCAGUUUGGAAGCACCUCUGGAGCGGGAGGCGCGGCAGGCCUCGGACCGGGAGGCGGAGUGUUGGAAAUGAACAGAAAAAGAAGCAAGUUUUUCCUCAAAUACUCGCCCGAGGCUGUGGCCGAGCGGCGAUGGAAGCGGAGACGGCGCGAAGCACUGAUUGCGCGCGGUGUCCUUCCACCGGCAGUUGACAGUUUUUUGUAUUUUUGGGUGGACAUUGCGGGGUCUGGGGUUUCGUCGCUCUCUGGAAUUCAUCCGGGUCUCGUCGAUCAACUUAGCGGGAUUCUCACGGAGGCUGCUUUGUCGGCUCACCGUUCUCUUCUUCGUCGUCUCCAGCCUUCUUCGCCAGAUUUGCCAGCUUUCUUUCUCUCGAUUUUCGAUACGGAUUUGCCGCCGGCCUCUCGCGUCGCGCUUCUCCACGACCCGAUCAGGCCCGCGGAUCUUCUCCCGCCUCUCCCCUUCUCUUCUUCGGUCUCCAACUCGCCUGUCUCUGGAGAGGACGGGAAAGACGCGAAUCUCCACAUCGUCUCUUUGGUCUCGGCCAUCUUGAGCAACAUCUUGUUCGAAGCUGGGAACGUGAACUUCUUGGCGGGCGUCUCUCGCCAGUGUCUCCUCGACGCCUCGGUUGCGGCUGGGCUGCAAAUCGCGCGGGAGCCCAGCGAAGGGGACGGUGCCUCCGACAGCGGCCGAGCUCCGAGAAACACGUCUUCUUUCUGGGAAGAAGUCUGCGCGGCUGCUCGAGGCGCAUCGCUUCUCCGAACGGGCGGCCCCGCGGUGGGGAACGCAAACUGCAUGGGGCGAGCUUUGGGGGCGCCUGGGGGCAAGGGCCUUCCGACCGCGGUCGCGGCACCGGCUGCCGGCGCUCUGGGGACAGCAGCCGGGGGACUCCUCGGCAGUCCAGGGGAAACGACCGUCAGUCCAGACGGCCUCCUGGUUGCUGAAGGAGGAGGCGGAAGAGAGGCAGAAGAAGAAAGGAGACUGGCGGCGCUGCGGGAAGAUGAGAAGCGAAUCAAAGGCGAGCCUGCCAGUGGGGAAUUCGCGGACGAGGACGACGAAGACGAGGGAAGCGAAGCAGAAGCCGUGGAACUCGAAGAGGAAAUUCUUCUAGGACUGUCAGAGAAAUCCGAUAUCGCCUUCACGCGCCAAUGCCGCAUGUUUCGGCGGCCUCCGUCCUUUUCUGGCAGCGGUGAAUCGUCGAGUCUCAGUGGAAACGGACUUCUCUUGGGCUCUUUCUCGUCUUCGGGCUUGGGUGGAGGCUCCGUGGGCGGCGGGGCCGGAAGCGUCUCGUCCUCUGGCGCCUUGGGCUCCAGUCUCCUCCUGUCCCUCUCCGGCUCCGGAGGCCUCGGCGGAGCCGGUGGAGACGGGUCGGCGCCGUUCAACAGCAAGGCGCGAGAACAAGAACGACUCGCAGCCCUCGUGAGAGAGCGGACGCUGAAAGGCCUCGCGUCAGCGCUCUUGUCGGCUCUCGACUGCUGUGCGCUUUCUGCGUAUGAGGGCGAGCGCUACCUCUCCACUGUCUGUACAGAGACGGCCAUGCGGAUUUUGGACGCGUUCCUGGUGCGAGAAAAGAAGCAAAAGUACGCGCGCGUCUGCGGAGCGAAGGGCGGCGCGACCUCCCCGCUCGUUUCUCCCGCCGAGGUCGGAGAAAAACGACGAGCAGAGAGUGCCGAGAAAGGGGUCGAGGGCACGGCGAAUGUCGAAGAGGAGAUGGAGGCGCCUCAGCAGGAAGCAAAGGAGACGCGACGAGGAGACAGCAUGGAAACAGAAGAUGCCAGCUGUUGUCCUGGAACCUCCGGCGUGUCUGACGGUCCCUGUCUCCUUUUGUCGAAUGCGAAGCGAGCGGUCGGAGCUCUCGAAGAUGCUCUCGCGGCUGUCGGCGACGAGCACCAGCAAGAGGCGCGAAAGGAGGGCGAAAAGGGGCUCAAAGAAGAAAGUCGGCAGCAAGUCUGUCGCCUCCUGGUGGCUGCAGCGAAGGGCGACGUCGCCCAGCUCCUCCACCUCCUGGUUCAAGAGCAAGCGAGCCUUGUCGCUCUAGAGGAAAGCCGCGCCGCCUCCUUCCUGGCGGCCCUUAAACCGGAAGAGAAGCAAGCUCCAGUCUCUUCUGCCUUCGGUCUCCUCGCAGGUUAUGGGGCGGCGAGGAAGGCGACGGCGAUUUCCGAGUCGGGCCGCGAGGUGGGUCUGAUGCGAGCAGAGGCCGAGGAGCGAGACCGCGACAGCCGGCUCCUGCCUGUGGGGCGCAAAGCUCAAACGGAGACAGAAGAAGCGAAUCCGCGGGAGACAGAGGAGACAGGAGACGGGGAGCACGCGGCUGACAGCGGAGAGAGAGACGUUGAAAUGGGGGAACGAAGCGGAGAUCCUGAACCGUUGCCGAGGUCGAAGCCAGAGAAGUCUCUCGAGCCGUUUUCGUUCCCGCCGUCGUCGGCUGCCAGUGAAGGGGAGUCGCCUCAGACGUCUCACGAUCCUGUCUCGCCCCUGUCUCUUUCUGCCGCUCCUGGGAGGGCUGUCUCUUCAGACCUUCCAGGCGGCGACGUGGAGAUGACAGCGGCGUCACAGAGCGGUCCUGUCCCGGAGCAGAGUGCUGGCGCCGCACUGGACAGGGAGGGGCGUUUACUCGCUUCCGUCUGCUCGCCCGGAGCGGAAAUGCAGUCGGGCCACGAAACGUCUGUCGGUUCGAACGGCCGUCGCGUUUCCACAGCGCCCCUCGUUCACACAGGCCGCGCCGUCGAACAGGCGCUGUGUUCGGGGGAGAUGUCGGAGACGCAAAACUUGCUCUUUGGGCGUCCAGUGUCGCUCCUGUCGGCGGAGGCUUCGCCUCUCUUUUCUGCGAGUCUGUUGCGAGCGCACGCGAACGGCAAGGGCGAGGACGACGGUGUCAGCGGGUUCGCCUCCAGUUCUCUGUGUGGGUGUCGAACGCCGCCCACUUCGCAUCUCGGCGAGGAGGUACAGAACGCGCGCGAGAGCGACUGCGAGGGGCGUGCGCGUCUGGAGGCGCGAGAGCAGAGAGAGGGCGAGGCUGGACAGGACGCACGAGAGGAGGACGGGGCGUCGGCGGCUGCGCCUCUGCUUCUCGGGCACCUGGGCGUAGACACUUUGGAGUUUGUCUUCGAUUUCGCCUCCUUCCUCGCCCCUGGGUCGAGCCGGGAAGCCGCGAGAAAGCUGAUGCAGUCGCUGGCGAGAGAGAGCGUUGCUGCCUCUUCGCUGGUGGCGCAGAACCCCGCCGUCCAGCAGUUUGUCUCGGACCUGGGCGUGUUGCCUGGGAAGCCUGACGUGAACGCGGCUUCGUCAAGGGAAGACCGGAGCGGGAAGGGGGCUGAACUGUGCAAGGCGGUCCAAGCCGUGCAGCGCGUCUUCGACGCGACUCCGGCGUCCCGAAUCAAGCAGCAUGCGUUCUACCGCCACGUCUCUCGAAUCCUCCAGUCCCUGCUCUCCUUCUCGUCUUCGUCCCUCGGUCAGGCGCCUGCGACGUGGCAGCGCCCGCACAGUCUGGCUGCAUUUCUUCUCUCUCUGCAGCUGCUCAUGCUCGGUGAACCGCGCGUCCUCGGGAAGGCUCUGGAGCCGAUAUACUCGCGGGUCGUCGCUGCGUCGUCGCUGCUCCUGCCUGCGGAAAAAACGGAGCUAGCGAGUUCGUCGACGCGGGCUCGGGGGAGCUCUGGAGGCGGAGACGGCAAGGGGCCGCACGAGCGCGGAGCCGAGAACGGGGCAACGAGCUCUGGAGGCGAGGAAAGAAGGGGCGAGGAGACGAGGCCCGAGGCGAGGCGCAGCGGGGAGACAGAGAGACAGGAGGGGGAGAAGGCGGAGAGCGAGAGGGGCGAAGCGGAGGGCGGGAAAGGGGAAGACGGAGAGAAGCGACAGGGAGAGAAAGCGGACGGCGAGCCAGAGAGGGGUGGUGCGUUGGAGAAAAAGUCUGUCGUGCCGAAACCGAAGAAUGCGGAUGAAAAUUCAAAGAGCCAAGAGCAAGAGAAGGAAGACGAAGAUCUCGCAAACACCGAACACAUUCGCCUGGUCGGGUGGGAGAAGUUGAAGGGUCAAAUCGACAAACUGGGCCCGCAGCUUGAGACUGGCAUUGCAAUCGUGAAGGCCUUUACUGCACUCGUUGCCUUGCUGCCGCCGCCGCCCUCGCCUGCACUGUUUCCUUCCUCCACUUCUCUCCUCUACCGAGAUGCUCCCCAGUCGUCGUGGGUGGCUCUUUCCUUCGUCUCCGCAGUCGCGCGUUUUCUGCGAUCCCUUCAAGAAAUAUCUCACACGCGCAUUCCCCGCGUUCUCCAGUGUGCCGCAGUGCAGCGUUCUUUCGAAUUUCGAGUCUUUGAUUUGCGACGCUUCGGUGUGUGCGACGGCCGACCAGGCCUCCACUUUCUUCAGGCUGUCUCCGAGUUCGCCGCGCAGAUGCUCCUCUUUCGCCAGACUGCGAUCUAUGCCCACCUCGAAAUCUUCCUCUCGGUCGCCUCAGCCAUUCUGGAGCUCGAAGUCUCGGUGCCGUCCAUCCAACUCCCUCGUAUCCUCGUCAAAGCCUGCCUCGCAGUGGUGUAUUUAGCAGCAGACGGCCCCGCCGAGGCGCUCUGCGAGGUUCUCGAGUGUCUCGGCAGAGCUCACGAAGGCCAGCCGAGCAGCGAGAUGUCCUCCCGCCAACGCCGAGGCAGGAGACCGUCGCCGGCGGCCGUGGAAGCCGCAGCAAAGCUGUUCAUUACGCCACUCCUUCGUUUUCUUAAAUUCCGAAUGCAACGGGACGUGAGGCUGCAGUCGCGAAGCGAGUUGGCCGAUCCUCUCGCUCCCUCAACGGCGCUGUUCGACUCGGAAGCGAACCGUCGGCUAGUGUCGCCGGCGUGUCCCAGUCCGUUUGCGACCGUGAUUCCUCACUACUUUGUUUCCUGUUCGAAGGGCACGGUGUCUCUCGAGAAGAGCCGUGGCGGAUGGUUCUAUUCGCAGUUCAUUGGAGCCAUCGACGCGGUUCCCGACGAGGCGCUGUGGCAGGAUAAAGCGCGGGGUGUGCAUGCGAAGGCCGCCGAGACGCUGCCUGAGCCCAGAUCGCCGCUCGAGGCGGGCGCACAUCCCCCGGGAACUGCCGCGCAGAAGGGCGAGGAACCGCGACUUGGAGCGGCGGCGCUCGCGCCUUCUGAGGGAGACGGUCGCGAAAUGAAGCGGCGGCGAACGGGCGAAGAAGAAAGGGAGAAGGAAGCCUACAGGCGGUCCGCGCAGGUGAUAGCCGAGUGUGUCUUCCCUUUCUUUCUGCCCGAGGCAGAGACGGCGCGAGAGAAGGAAGAGAACCCGACACCAGGGAGACACGCGGACGAAGAGACUGGCGAGCAGGCGACAGAAUUCCAAGGUCGAACGGCGGAGGCCGAAGAUCAUCCGACGGGGAAGAAGACCUCGGACAGCAGCGACGGCAUCGGCGCCGUGGCGAUUUUCUUGGGUGAAGACGGCGCGAAGGGACCGGAAAGCGAGCGCGCGAAGGCUCAGCCCCCGGAGUUGAGCGAGGGGUCCACAAGCAUCGCUACCCAGGGCGCGACGACGCGUGUCGGAGAAAGUUCCGAUCCGGGGCGAGGCCUCUCACGCGAGAAGGAACCGCAGACUCCUCUGUCUUCUCUCCUGCCUGGCGAGAAGGAGCGAGAGGACGCGAGCGACGUCGAAGCGCGAGAAGACGAUCGCGAGGAGAGCGCGGGUCCAGCGCCGCUGUUCGGCCAAGACGAAACUCACGGGGCGCCGCAGCCUUCCCAGAAUCGGGAGGAAGAUGGUCGUGGUGGUUCUGCGCCGUCUUCGUUUUACCCGAACACUUCAGGGUACUACCCAGCAGGCACCCCCAGCCAGGGCGAUCCAAGCGCAGGCUCAUCGUACCCCUCGUCGUUCUACUACUCUUCGGACCAGCACAGCGCGUCGACGACGCCAGGCAUGUGGCAACAGGCAAACGUCUCGAUGGAGAGCAUGGGUGCCAGCCAAGGCCACUCGGGGUACCCUGGCUCGUUUGCGGCUCCGGGGUUCGGAUCUUCUGCGCCCGUGGCCGGCCGGGGCGACCAGCAAGGCCAGUGGAUGGCAAUGCAUCCGGGGACCUCGCCGCAGCAGCACUACUCGAGUCCGUACUUCCCCGAAAACUACUACUCUUCCUCGUCCUCUUGGCGCCAGCAGCAGUGGCUCCAGUGGCAGCACGAGCAACAGCGCGCCGUGGCUCGGCAGGUGUGUGGGGCGGGGCCGGCGGCGAGCCCCGGAGGAGACAGUUCCUUCUUUCCGCCUGCGUACCCCCACAUGAUGCACACGCAGCAGCCUGUCCAGCAGCAGUGGGGCGGGACCAUGUACGCGGGAGGUUGGCAACCCGGCUCGGCCGAGAGCGGGGAAACGCAGUUCUUCGGGGAUGUGAACGGCGCAGGUGUCUCCGGGCACGGGUCGGGCUCCCUGCAACGGGCCCCCGGCACCGUCCCCUCUGGGCGCGCGGGGACCGAAGGCGAAGACGCCCAGGUCGCGUGGCAACCGAACGUCCCUCACAUGCCGCGAGACAGCCAAGAGAGCGCGGGGCUGGCCGGGCGCCCUGGCGAGGCGUCAGCUGGAGGGCGGUACGGCGCACACAAGGGCGAGAGGCUUCCCGAGCCGCCGCGGGGCAUGGCGUCGUCUUCUCACCGCAGUCCCCACCCCGGGGCCUCGAACUUCCCACCAGAGGCGGGGGCCGACGGGGAGGGCGGAGUGUAUCCUCGCGACCUCGGAGGGUCCGCGACUGCAGACUCCACAAGGCCUUCGCAUCCAAACCUGCAUAUGGCGAGUGGACAACCCAGCGACAGACUUCAGAUGCCGCCAGGCUACCCGUCCUCGGGCGCCUCCGCGGCCCCAGGCAGUGGCGCGGGGCCUCUUCCUGCGUCUUUCCUGCCGCGCCCGUGUGGGGCUGCUCAGGAGCGAGGCGAGAGGACCAGGGAGACGCACGGCGAAGCGGCAAGCGGGGCGAAGGAUGGCCUAGGGGGGGACGCGUACGAGCCGGGCUAUCCACCGACUCAGGGCGACGCCGUGCAUGCGUAUCUGCGGCGAGGCGAGACGGGCGGCUGCCGGCAGACGUCUGUCGCUGGAGCCCGAAGCAAAGACGAGGAAAGACGAAGCGAACGAGAAGAAAGAGAAGACGAAGGAACAGCGGCGGGAGGUCGCCCAGGGUCGCCGUGUCCCGGCGCAGAAGGCAAGGAAAGUUCGAAGGCAUCUGGGCGUCCUGCGUUUGCGCAUGCAGCGGCGGGUGCGAGUGGCGGAAACGCAAAGAAGAAGACCGUGAAGAAGGACGACGCCAAGACAGCCACAGACGGCAUGUCAGCUGCAGCCGUGGCUGCCGCAGUGGCGUUCGGCGACGAAGAAGCGAAAGUCGACGAAGACGUCCUUGUCGGCGUCAGCGCGCUGCUCCUCCUCGCGUCCAACUCCCUGACCGUGCCUCUCCUCAGACCCCAUCUGCCGACGAUCACGGAACUUGCGUGGUACAAGACGACGGCAAGCAGUUCUCUGUUCUCGGUGGUGCAAGAGUUGCUGUCGGCUGUCCGUGACGCCCCGCCCGUCCAUCUGCGAGGCUUCCGAGACGGCGCAGCGUACUUCCCGUCUUCGUGUGUGGUGAAGGAAGAGGCCGAGAAAGCAGACGAAGAGGCAAAAGGCGAGGAAGCAAGAAAGGCGCGAAUCUCCGAGGAAUUCGCAAAGCUAGGCAGCUCGCAGGAUCUUCUCUGUGUGCGCAAAGUCGGCCAGGGGGGGAGGCUCCUGCGCGUGCCGGAGACGAUCGAGAUGCGAGGGUGA